UCAACUGACAACUCUGUUAUGAAGUCUCUCCCUCUGUCUCUGGGAGUUUUGGGGUUUUUGAUGGAAUGGAGUCCCUUCAAAUCAGAGCACACCAGCAACCAACGCCAGCCUAUUUCAUGAACUCACUCUCCUCCAAACUCAAACCAACCUUCUACUCCUCCAAACUCAAAGCCUUCUUCUGUACCUCUUCUCUAACUCCACUCACUUCCGACCAACCUCCAAUUCUUUCUCCAAGAAAAGCAAAAACUGCUCUUUCACGUAACGGUGUUAGGGACAGGGUUGUUAAGGACACCGCUGCCCAGCUCAAGGAGAACUGGUUGGAUUCCCUCACCUGCCCUUGUCCCCAUGGGUCCGACCCUUUGAAUGGCAAUGGGACCAAUGCGGCUUUGGAUUGGGUUGUGGGCAUCGACCCAGAUCUUAAUGGCGCAUUGGCGCUCUUGAAAAGCGUCGAGUCCGGUUCUUCUGCUCAGGUAUUUGACUCUCCACACUUGCAAGUACUGGUUGGGAAAAGAGUUCGACGACGUUUAGAUGUCAAGUCUAUUGUUCAGUUGCUUCGAAGUCUCGAUGCUCCCUUCGGAACUACUGCAUAUAUAGAACAAUCAAUUCCUUAUCCACAGGAUGGCAAACAGGGGUGGUGGAGUGGAGGAUUUGGGUACGGACUAUGGAUUGGGGUCUUAGUUGCCUCGGGAUUUUCUGUUGUUCCGGUGCCAUCUCGGUCAUGGAAAAACGAAUUUGAACUCUCUGGAAGGAGUUCUUCAAAGGACGAUAGCCGGAGAGUUGCAUCCACAUUAUUUCCAACGUUGAGUCCCCUCCUGAAAAGAAAAAAGGACCAUGAACUGUCAAGAACAGUUUGUAAAGAUAGUAUGAUUUUUGCGUCCUUGGAGAACCCAACCAAAAACUACCAAGAAGUGACUCCUUAAGGUAGGGCUGAGGCUUUACUCAUUGCUGCCUAUGGCAAGGGCCUGAAGAAGUUAAAUUCAUCAUGUAUAUUAGAGGAGUUGGUGCCUUAAUAUUCGCAAAUUGCCCAGAAAUCUGUCUUUAACUUCAUCCAUAUUUUAAUGUCUGAGGUCUCAAUUCUCUGAAAGCAUGCGGUGGAAUUAGUUAUUGAAUUGGACUGAUUAAAAAGCAGCUUAAAAGAUUCGUUUUUUUAGAGCUUUGGUGUUUCUCUCAGAUUCAUGAUACCUGGUAAAAGACUGGUAUAACCAUUUUUUACUAAUCAUAUACUGAUUUUGUGGGAUUGGGAUCCCAUCAUGUACAUCCCAUUGUAAUUCUGCAUAUCUGAAUCAUUAAAGCACUAUUAGAUAUUCCAAUGACAAAGUCUUUCCUUUUGAAGUAA